GAUAGAUAGAACAAAAGAAAGAACACGUGUUAAUAAAAGUUAUUAAGAAUAAAUUAUUAUAAUUCAAUUAUAAGUUAGAGUUGUAAAGAGAGACGAAUAAUUGACUUUAAUUGUCGUUUCUCUUAUUUUACAGAUAAUUGGUGAACUUUAGAAACAAAUUUGGUUACUUAUUCUAACAACUCUAUAAUAUAAAAUAAUAUUAUAAAAUGACAAUUUUCGUGUCAAAAUGAGACUACAAUUUGAAUUUAAAGCUGUGGCUUCUCCAAGGGAUAGUAAAACUACAGUGACAGCCGUCAUCUCAGUGGCAACAGAACAAAGAGAAAGGUAUGCUAUACCAGGAGAAUAUAUUUAUGGAGAUUUUCAUAAAGAGCUGCUGGGGACGGACGCUUUUAAAAAGGUAACUGAGUCAUUAGAAAGACGGCAUGAUGAAGUGAGGUUAUGGAUAACAACGUCAAAAGAAUUGAAAAAGAUAUAUGUGGAUGAUGAAGGAAACAUGCAUUUUGGUGGAAGAUUUUUAAAACAAAUAGCUAGAGAAAGUAAUAAAGAAAACUCAGAUUUGACAAGAAUAUUGAAACAAAUUGUGAAAAAAUUUGCGUUAGGAAAAUUUAACUAUACAACAUGUAAUUUGAGACAAUGGUUAGACACAUUUGAAAUGGAAUGUGAUAGAUUUAGUAUUGGAAAAGACAAAACCAAAAUUGAAUUAUUGAGAUCACUUUUAGAUGAAAAUCUGCAAGAUUGGUAUACUUCUACAGUAAUAAAAGAAGAAAAUGAAAAUGAUUGAAAUAAAUGGAAACAGGUAUUAAAAGAAACCUUUUCGUGUAAAGGAUGGAGUAGCAGAGCAUAUGCUCAUUACUUUAAGUACAAAGAAGGAUCACUAGUACAAUAUGCAAUAAAAAAAGAACGAUUAUUAUUAGAGAUAAAUAAAGAUAUGGAUUCAGAUACAAUAAUAGAUAGGAUUGCAUUUGGUUUGCCAGAAUUUAUAAGAGACAAAAUUGACAGGGAUGAAACAACAAAUACAAAUGAUUUAAUUAAUGAAUUACAAAAGCUCGAAGGAACAACAGAUGGAAGGAAAAUAUACAAAAAAGAAGGUAAAUCAGAACAAAGAGUUAGAAAUGAA